ACCCCUAGAGCCUCUGCCCCCGCCCUCGCCCCCGCCCCCGGCUUCUGGUUCAAACACAGCGCAACCUGGCAACCGCAGCUCAUAGCCAGCCCCGCACCCUCCUGGGGAGGGAGUCCCCCGCCGCCCUCGGGCGUCCGCCCAUUGGUGGUCUAACAUGGAGAUCUAGGGCCCGGAGGCUUCUUAGUGAAAAGGAAGGUGGAGAAGACGGUCCAGCUUUGGGACACUUCUGGAGAAAAGGAUCCGUGAAAUUAUGUGAAUACAGACUAUAUGUCAAAACAAUGGGAGAAAGAGCAAGAAGCCCAGAUUUCAAUCAAGACGGAUACUCAGAACAAGAACAAUAUAGUGAUACCUAUUGUUCAGAUGAUUUUGAAAAUUCGUUCGCUUCUACCCUGUCAACAACAACCCAGAAGACUUACCGCACUCCAUCAAUAAGGAAGAAAGGUACUAAGAUAUACAGUUCAGAUAGUCAAGUACAUCACCAAGCCCCUAGAAGAACAAUCUCCAAGUUUCCACCAAACAGAAGAGGAUUCCGAAUGGGAUGUCGCCGCAUUGGUAGGGAGCCUUCUCAGAAAGAGAUUGAUGUUCUCACCAAACGGGUUCUUUCUGCGAGACUGCUGAAAAUCAAUGAGCUGCAAAAUGAAGUGACUGAACUCCAGGUCAAAUUAGAUGAGCUGCUAAAAGAAAACAAGGCUUUGAAAAGGCUUCAGCACAGACAGGAGAAAGCCCUGAAUAAGUUUGAAGAUACAGAAAAUGAAAUCUCACAACUUAUACUCAGACAUAACAAUGAGAUUAAAGCACUAAAAGAGCGCUUAAAAAAAUCUCAAGAGAAAGAACGGGCAACUGAUAAAAAGGUGAAAGACACAGAGUCUGAACUUUAUAAGACAAAAUCUUCUUUAAAGCAACUGAAAAGACUCUCUGAAGCUAAGCAUCUACCUGAACGAGAAGAUCUAGCAAAGAAACUAGUCUUAGCAGAGAACAAAUUAGAUGAUACUGAGAAAAAAAUUAAGGAGCUGUCAAAAAAUCUUGAACUGAAUGCUAGCAGUUACCAACGACAGCUACAUGCUGAAAAGAAAAGGGCACAUGAUGUGCAGGAUGAAAAUAAAAUUCUCCAAAGGGAACUACAAACAUUAUAUCAAAAACUGAGGGAAAAAGAGAGAGAACUGGAUGUAAAAAAUAUAUAUUCUAACCGAAUAUUGAAGAGAACUCCUAAGAAAGACAAAGAUGCUUCUCCAAGAAAAAAUGCAUCUUUCAGCCAUCGUGUUAAAAGACCACACAGGACAAAGGGAGUACAAACCAUUGAAUAUUUCAAAGACAACCUAUCAUCACUACCUUUUGUUUCUCAAGACAUACCCAGACCAGAAGAAGAGGAAUUUCUUAAUCUGCUUGUGACCAGUGAAAAUAGGUUUCCAAAGGGAUUGGAGAGCAUUAAUUUCGCCCACGGAGACCUAAAGGAUGAAGUUGAAGCUGAGACUCCAACUACAGAAAGAGAAGAAAAACUUAAAAAAGAUGAAGAACUAUAUCUUUUAAAUAAAAGAACUGACGAUCUUAAAGAGGAUUGGGCAAAAGAGUACCUUAAAAAUCAAACAGAAAAUAUGCUUUUAACAAAGAAAGAAGAAAAACCUAUAAUGGAAACAUCAAUUUUCCAGAUUGAAAAUUUAAAGAAUCAGAAGUCUGAAGAUGAAGAAGAAGACAGACUUAAAAGAGAGAUUUUACUUGCUAAAUUGGAUGAAAUUGAUAGAGAAAUACAAACCUCCCUGAACUUAAGAGGGUCACACCCAAAAUUACUCUCUCCAGAGAAAAGAUCCCAAAGUUUCAGGUUCUCAGAAGCCACUGACAGAUUAUUAUUCAGUGGGCAUCAAGAUGGAGAUUACACAACCACAUUUAAUGAUGAUCAGAAAAAAAGAAAUAUUUGGAGCCCAACCACUGAUUUCACAUUUGGUAGUUAUGUGCCUUCUUUUGGGAAAACGUCAGGGAGAUCGAGUGUGUUUAAUCAGAAAGGUGGCAUUGUAGAUUUGUCAAGAAGCACUAAAGAUAGUGGAGAUUUAAGUAUAAAAGAGGAGAAAAAAACUAAUCUCAUGGAGCAACUAUUUGGUGCCCGUGCCAACAGCGCCAUUUCUACUAAAAAUACUACCUCUGAAUUUCUGACUAAUAGUAAAGGAGACUUUGACCAUCUAAAUGUACUCCUCAAUGAAAAAGGUAGCAGAGGCAAAGGACAAGAUGAAGAUGAUGAUUUUUUCUUCAGUGAAGAGCGAAAUUUUAACCCCAGGCACCGGUUAAAACAUACAAACAACCGACCAGCAGUAAAGGCAGUUGAUUCUUUGGAAGAAGAAAUUGAAGAAGUACUGCUGAGAUGACUAUACAUAUUUUUCAAAUUCUUCUGAAGACUUCUGCAACCAUGAUGAUUGUAAAUUCCUGGCACAUUCAGAGAUGAAGUCAGAAGAUAUUUCACUAUGUAAACAACUCAUUGCUGCCACAACCCCAGAGACUUGUAUGUAGCACCAUCCCUUAAUUUUUCCUUAUUCAUGUACUCUUUAACCAGGUGUGAGAUUUUAUACUGAGUCUUUACAUCAGAACUACUCCAGAUCAGUUCUAAGGACUAUCCCUCCAGCAAAAUUACUAUCAUUACACAAAGAAAGACCUGCCAACACAAAUAUCUCCCCAGUAAGAGAGGUCUGCAUUUAAUUUUGGCAGGCACAGUAAUGUUUCCAUUUUAACUUAGUGUUUUAUUAGUUUAUAUUAGUAAAUUUUAUUUGUAUAAUGUAAUUUUUGAUGCAUUAUUAGUUUAAAUAAAAUAGCCAAAUAAAAUAUAUUGAACAUCUGAAAUGUAAACAAUAGAUGAAGAUUUAAAUGCAGUUCAUUUAUAGCACACAGAAAAAGGAACAUAUGUAUAUUACUAUAUCUACAGGCAUGUACAUUUCUUGACUCAUUCAAUGAAAAAAAUUGUCAGCUCAAAAUUGUUUCAAAAUUGUUUAAUGUAGUUUUGAAAUUUUAACAUGCUAUAGACAUAUGAAUCAACACUCAAAUAGACAUUAAGGGAAUACUGUCAGUAUAAUGUUGCCUUGAAUCUCUGAGUUAUAGUAUGUGCUCUUUAAGGUAGUAGCUCUGCUUUGGCAAAUUGAUGUGGACAAGAAGUAUCUUUUUCAGAUAGUGUCCCUGUGAAUGUUGUAAUGGACCAUCAGCUGUAGAAGGAAUAUCUUAUAUGUACAAUGAGCGUACUCAUGAUUUUUUAGAUUAAAAAAAAAAAAAAAACCAAGUCUGGAUGAAGAAUGAGGAAGAAAUAUUAUAACAAGGAAUGAAAGAAUUGUAUAUGUAUUGAUAAAUGAUUUAUUUUUCCAUCAGUAUUAUUCAUGAAUUUGGCUAUACAAGUUUGGUUUCCAAUAACAGGAAUACUAGGGGACCUCAAACUAAUAUUUAACUUGGAAUCUGCACAAUACCUCUUCAUUUAGUUUGCAAGAGUUAACUAGUUAAGAUUCUAAUAUAUAUUCUCCCUAUCAUCUUAUGAAAAGUGAUCCUUUAGAUAUUAAAAAUGGGCAAAAUAGCACUGACCUAUAUUAAAUAGUCCUCAUUUUCUUAAUAAAGAGACAUUGAUGUCUAACAGAUAAACAUUUAAUAUAUUACAAAUCAUUUUUAACAUUUGUAAAAUAAUUACUGUAAUACAGUUCUGGUAUAUAAUGAAUCUAACAUUAUGUAAUGUUAAUUUUGUGCAUAUCUGCUAAUUUUUCUGCCCAAAUGUACUAAUUAUACUAUUGUUUAGUUUUGAAGGUUUUUUUUUUUUUUUUUUUUUUUUUUUAGAAUUUGAGUAAAGAUUUUAUACUUAGAUCAUUAUUGUGUAAAAGUAGUUUAUUUUUAACAUUUUCUUAUCUAAUGUUUUCUUACUCUAAAGAGUUUGCAAAGAUAGCAGAAUUAUUUAAAUUAACCCUAAAAUUCAAUUUUUGGUCUUAAAAAAGGAAAAUAUUAAGAAUCAGAUAGCAAAUUUUAAAGAACCAACCUCUUAUGAACAGAUAUAUUAAGAUUGGGCAAGUCAGUUCCUUCCCCAAGAAUCAAGUGUUUUUCUUAUGCUCUGAAUUUCUAUUACUAAAGUUAAAAGAAUGUUAUGGUCCCUUAUUUAAUAGUAUAGAAUUACACAGAAAAUAUACUGUUGAACCAGAAGCCAUAGAGUUAAUUUUUCUUAUACUUGAGAGAAUUUUGUAAUUUAAAUAGAAGGAUUUGCCUAGAGACAGGUUAGACCAUAUGCUAGUCUUAUCAGAUAAUUGCACUUUUAAUUAAUCCUUUCACCCUAAAGAGCUAUCUUAAUAGCACAUAUUGCUUUUAAUAGUAAAGAAUGAAUGAUUAAAGUGAUUUAUAAAAUAAAAACAAACAUUUAAUGUC